CUUAUCUAUACUGCAAACAGUUUAUUAAGAACUGUAUAUUGCAUAGUCAAGCCGCGGCUCUACAUGACGAGGCUAAGUGACUGUCCUCGUCUGUGCAGGCUUUCAAUCUCAUUCGGUGGCUUUUAAGUACUACGUUACUUCAGAAAUGGCGCACGUUUCUGCCGCUUUCUACUGAAGCUGACCAGAGCGACCUCCCGAGGAAUUUCCCCUAUAGCGAUGACGGCUCCUGAGCCGCUUUUGCCUAAUCGGCAGGCGCUUGGCACUGUGCUGGUCUCACGGACCAUUUUGAGCGAGCUGGCGCAAGUGUCCGCUCAGCUCGAGGAUUUGGGCUUUGCUGAAACGUUGGGCGGCCAGGUCGUGCUUAUUCGCCCGAAGUUGGACAUGCCAGUCAUUGCGCGUCGCGUCCUGAGACUGGAGGGCGAUGACCGAGUCUGUGUGGAGGAGGGCGAAAAUGGGAGCCGGACGUAUGCGCUGCGCUGUGUGCUGGACGCGGAGGCGAGUGAGCAGCAAUGGCGGGGGGCGGUGGCGGAGCUCUGCAGCCGCCUGCUGCAGGGCCAGGCGAGGCACUUUACAAUGCAAGAGCUGCGACGGACAGCAGAGCGCACCGCCCGCAUGUACGAGUGCUGGCGGGAGCUGGAUGCAUGGCAGCGUGCCAGCAGCAGCACCGUCAGCAGUGCUGACGCCGCCGGUGCCCUUCCAGUUCGACUGGUCAACGGCCUCGCGCGCAUCCUGCAGAGCCCGGCUGAUACCGCCGCUAUGUCUCUCAUUUGGGCUGCCUGGGAAAUGCACCUACAGCCCUGGACCGAGUCCGGUGCACGACAGCUCGGAGGGGAGGGGACCGCUUUGGUGACUCAGCUUCCUGCAUCAGCCUCUGCAGCCAGGGUGGCUGCACUGCCCGCCCAGGAGGCAGCCGCUGCGAUGCACUACCAGGACGUGGACGCGCAUGCCGACCUACAGCAGCCACACCAUCAGCAGCCAUGGUGGCAGCAGCCAAACAAGAAGCCACCGCAAGUCAUCAUUGGUGACGACCCUGAUGAUAACAGGCCCCAAGCGGGUCACCUGGACACGUGGCCACCCACGCCCUCACCGCCAGGCUCCUCAGCCUGCAAGUCACAUGAGUCUGGAGAUGAGCACGAUGAGGAGACAAUGGAUGGGCCAGGCAGCAGCGGUCUGCCACGCACAUCUCUGGUGUCUCAGACUGCUGCUGCUGUCGGGAGGGGAGACACAGAGGGUGGUCCAUAUGCAUGGCAGCAGCAAGUCAGGGGCCUGCAGGGGGAUGAGGAGGGGGGCAUGGCUGUAGCCGGGCACCAGCAGCUUGAUUACAAGGACUCCAGAAGGAGCAGGGAUGCUCCGAAUGCAGCAAGGGGUGCAGCAGCAGGACCUGGGAGGCAAGCGUGCAACGGCAGUAGAAGCCGCAGCCCCAGCAGCUCUCGGCAUGCCCGGCGCUCAUGCUCACAAUCACCACAGCAAGCCAGGCGUGAUGCAGCUGCACGACCACAGUUCACUGAGGAGGACCAGAAGUGGGUUGAAAGGCUGCACCAAUGGCUGCUCCGGCAGCCACAGAGAGAGGUGGCAUAUGAGGGCCCAAACAGUGAUGUACGGAUGUCAGUACCAAAGUCAAUCUUGGAGCGGUUGGGCAUGACCAUCACGCAAUUCUACUUGGCAUGGCCUGAUCUGUUUGCUGUGGACUACUCUUAUGUCAAGGCAGUUGAAGGUCCCUCGUCAACACCUGCAACUGGCAAAGGUUCAGCCAGCAACUGGGGCAGGCCAAGCACCUCUGACUUGGCUGGGCCGCCAGCAUGGUCACAUGUGGUGCGGGAACCAAGAAGGAGCUCAGAAGAUGGAGGACGCCAACAGGGGCGAGGGGACUUGGGCCCUGUACUGAACAGGGACAGGGAAAGGGGUCGUGAGCGAUCACUUUGGCAGUCAAGAUCAAGGUCAAGAUCUCGCUCACAGUCGCCUCGGUGGCGAGAAGAGCCAAUCCACAGCAGCCGCAGUGGCAGGGUCAAAUCCAGGGGUCGCCCCAGCCGACCAUGGGAGGAGCCACAAAACAUGCCAGCCAGCAUGCAGGACCAGGCGGCUGAGGACAAGGAAGAAAGGCAGUGGGCAGAGCGUGUUCACCAAUUCCUGUUGACUCGACCAAGGUUGGAGGCAUCAGCAGGAACCCUACUCAAGGAGGGCUUGGGUGUGCCACAACGCUUCCUUGACCGCAAGGGUCUGAAGCUUUUUUGGUUCUUGGAUAGCUUCAAGGACCUUUGGACGCUUGAACUCCCGGUCUUUGCUGACAAGCAGGCUGUCCUGCUCCAUGCUGUCCCUAAACACCAGCAGCCUGCUGCUGACAUUGCUGUGGGUGUGGUUAUGCAAGAGACUGAGGGCCAGUAUGUUCGGCGACUGUACCAGCACCUUCUGGAGAAGCUCCCCCUUGGUGUUGAGAUGAACAACCUGAAAGGGGGCAGUCUGCGGAUACCAAGCCAUCUCUUUGGUGGGAGUUACAGAACUGUCAGUGCUUUCCUGAGGCAUUGGCGUGAUGUAGGACUGUGGCGCAUGUCAGAGGACAGGCCACUGGUGCUCACAGCCAGGACUGGUGGCAGGGUGCAGGAGGUGCUGGAAGGGCUACACUGAGUGCAGAUGAGGACCAGAUGAGUGCAUGUGUAGAGUGUACCGCUCUCAGGUGUUGGAUGGUGGUUUGCACACACGGAUUUGGUUGCCUGAGUGUAUUGCAAGGUAAGAUUUGUUUUGUAUGUGUGUAAUAAUGUAUGCUUGUAGCAGAAUAUGGUCCGUACUUGCAUCAAAUUGCCAUUGAACAUGAAGGCUUAAUAGUAGCGUGUUGGCAGUUCAUGGCAUGUCAUGGUGAUGUAUAUAUGUAGGGCUUUUGGUGAAAGGGCAUAGGUGGUUUGGCACCAAGUAAGGUGGUUGCACUGCCACAAAACUGCCCCAAAUUCUGUACAGCAACUGGUUGAAAUUUGCAUCCAAGAGAGAAUUGAAGAUAACCAUGUGUGUGGCAUCUUGAACGGGAUGUUAUUUGUGAGACCAGACAUGGAUGGGUACAUGCCUACACUGCUCUCCAUUUCUGCAGGGCCCAGAUGGGCAGCACUUGUGGUGCAGCAGUAUCUCCCAACUUGAUGCCAAAUGCACAAAUGGUGGUACCAGUACACCACACAGUAGCAGUAGAGGAGCGAGGAACAGAUAGGACACCAGGUGCUGGCAGUGGGCCGGAGGUCAUAUCUUGUUUUUGGGUCUAGCUCCAGACAAAAACGGCCGGGUGGCCGCCGCCUUUUAUCUGAGCACAUGGUGGUUGAUGGGGGCUUCACCAUAGGAAUUUGGACGAACCCAGCCCCAAACCCGGGCCAACAAAGUCUCCGCCAAGACCUUGGCUCCCAAGAGGAAUGUCCAGGAAACGGCCAAAAUGGCCAAUUAAUGUCUGGAGACAUUAAGAUAGGAGCCCUGAGUGAGCUGCUGUUGAUGCAGGGCUGGCAGCAUCAGUUGCUUACAGUUGCUGUCAUGUCUGCUGGGCUGCCUGGGCAUUCUGCCCUUGUGAGGGUGGCAAGGGCGACCUACCCUGUGGACAUUGUGGGCGCAGCAGCUCUCACUCCAGCUCCACACUUGGGGACAGAAGUGAGUGCUGAAUCAGGGGAGGGGUAGAAGCUCAGGAUCUUACCCCAUGCUCAAAAUUGCAGAGCUUUAGAAGAGCAUUAUGCACGUGCUUUUAGUUGUUUCAGGGGUUUCCAUGCAUUGCGUCAUGUUACAAUUUGUGAGGGCGGCUCCGCCACCGGAAAGGGUACCUGCAAGCAGAGAACUGCGGUCUUCGUGCGGGGUUGGGAGGGCGAGCCUGAAACGCCGUGUAGCCAUGCAAAGAUAGAGCAUAGCCAGGGACGAUGGCAUCAGUACUGACAGAACAAAACUCGCAAAGU